AUGAAAAUCAAAGCGCUUUCUCGCCCAACUGCGUCACAGCAGGCGCCUGGGUCAUCCACUGUGCGCCAGGCUCGAAACCUAGACCCAUCCCAGCACCCGUUUGAGCGGGCGCGUGAGUAUACCCGUGCUCUCAAUGCUGUGAAGAUGGAACGCAUGUUUGCCGCUCCGUUUCUGGGUCAAAUGGGAGACGGUCAUGUUGACGGUGUCUACACAAUGGCAAAGGAUCCUGGUUCGCUCGAAAGAUUUGCCAGCGGUAGCGGUGACGGUGUGGUGAAGGUUUGGGAUUUGACCACCCGCGAGGAAGUUUGGAACACACAAGGGCACGAGAACAUUAUCAAGGGCCUCUGCUGGACACAGGAGAGGAAACUUCUGUCUUGCGCAAGUGAUAAGACUAUCAAACUUUGGGAUCCCUACAACUCUACACCGGAGGCUCCCCCUCUGGCAAGUUACCUCGGCUCAAGCGCCUUUACUGGUCUCUCGCAACACCGAAGUAUUCCUUCCUUCGCAGCCUCUUCCUCGGUCAUUUCAAUCUACGAUCUUUCUCGACCUUCAUCCACGCCUUCUCAGACGCUGCACUGGCCGACCAGCGUUGACACCAUCACGUCGAUAGCAUUCAACCAGACUGAGACAUCUAUCCUUGCCUCAACUGCCAUCGAUCGCUCAAUCAUCAUGUACGAUUUGCGUACUUCGUCACCUGUUCAGAAACUCGUCUUGAACCUAGCGUCGAAUGCUAUUGCCUGGAACCCCAUGGAAGCCUUCAACUUUGCCGUGGCCAACGAAGACCACAACGCCUAUAUCUUUGAUAUGAGGAAGAUGGACCGGGCCCUCAACGUUCUGAAGGAUCAUGUUGCUGCUGUGAUGGAUGUGGAGUUUAGCCCCACAGGUGAAGACCUAGUCACCGCAUCUUAUGAUCGCACCGUCCGCUUGUGGAAGAGGAAUCGUGGUCACUCGCGCGAUAUUUAUCACACCAAGCGAAUGCAACGUGUCUUUUCUGCCAAGUUUACACCUGACAACAAAUAUGUUUUGUCUGGGUCUGACGAUGGUAACGUUCGCUUGUGGCGUGCCAACGCUUCUGACCGCAGCGGUAUUCAAAGUGCUCGCCAGAGGACUAAGCUGGAGUACGACCAAGCAUUGAUCAAGCGAUAUGGGCACAUGCCCGAGAUUCGCCGUAUCAAACGCCAACGUCAUCUGCCUAAGCCUAUCAAGAAGGCCGGUGAGAUCAAGCGUGAGGAGCUCGGCGCGAUCAAACGACGCGAGGAGAAUGUGAGAAAGCACACCGCCAAGGCCAACCUCAAGGGAAGAAAGAGCGAGCGCGAGAAGAUGAUCCUGGCUCGCGAGCAAUAA